AUGGGCUCUGUCAACCCACGCAACCCCGUCUUCGAGACAUACAACAUACCGGCCUCGGUUCUACGCCUGGGAAGCAACAGCGCGGGAUCCCACUCCGCAUCCUCCACCCGCCCCGUACACCAUCCAGAAUGGGACAUCUCUUCCGACUGCGGAUACACCGUGUCCAACCACUUGAUCAACGAGCCGCCACUAGACCACAAAACAUUUAAGGUCAUUGUCCUAGGCGCUGGGACUGCAGGCAUUGAUUUUCUGCACUAUGCACCUCAGCUCUCAAUGCCCUGGGCGUUCAGUGUGGCGUAUACAUUCCCGUGGAGAAGCAACCCAAGAUGGACGAAUUUCUAUUCCGGUGCAAAGGAGAUAUCGGAGUACAUGAAAUGCAUUGUGGAAGAAGAGGGGAUGAUGCGAUACAUCCGGCUGAGAACCGCCGUCACGUCGGCGGUGUGGAAGUGGAUCGUGAGGCUGCAGCGCAGUGAUGAAAAUGGUCAUGCAGAAGAAGAGUGGGAGGAAGAAUGUGAUAUACUCAUUAAUGGAGGUGGAUUUCUCAAUACACGGAAGUGGCCAGAUACACCCGGGUUGCAUUCAUUCCAGGGAAAGCUUUUCCAUACGGCUGCAUACCCAGAGAAUUUGACCUCAAGGACAAGAAGCCCUGUAUUUAUCACUGCCGCGUUUGGACAGAGCUUUGCCGGAGCAGACGGGCGGAACUUUGAAUACAUUUUCGAGCAGAAGGAAAACUUCGGUCUCGACCCACAAAAGUAUCAUCGGUACAAGAAGGCCGUGGAGAAUGAGUUAAACCAGCGCAUCAAACUAGUUUUACGCGAUACAGCCGAGGCAGACGCCGCUAACGCAGUUAGAAACGGAUUCCUUGAAGCUCUAGCAUCCGAGAAAACGACUGUCUUCACCUCACCCAUCAAAGAAAUUACUUCCUGGGGAUUUAUAGACUCCGUUACCGGCGUCGAGUAUGAGGUCGAUGUGAUUAUCUGCGCAACUGGAUUCGACACAUUUUACCGGCCUCGCUUCCCAAUCAUCGGUCUCGACGGUGUCAACCUGGCUGACAAGUGGUCGGACACACCGACAAGCUACCUCGCAGUUGCUGUCGAUGGGUUCCCAAAUUAUUUCACCUAUUCCGGUCCCUUUGCUCCAAUAGGCCACGGCUCUAUUCUCGCAAUCAUCACACAUAUCACGCAUUAUUUCAUUCAGAUCAUUCAACGUAUGCGCAAGCAACAUAUUUGUCGCCAAGUGCUAAAGCUGCCGCGCUGGUUCAAACAGGGAAGGCAAGAUGGGCCAGUGGUUGUUUGGCCCGGCUCGCGGCUGGCGUACUUUGAGCUGUUGCGGACGCCAACUUUGCGCGACUUUGAGAUCGCAUAUUGGAGUGGAAACCGGUUCGGGUACUUGGGAUCCGGGUUUAUGGACGUGGAAUUUCCGUCUGGAGAGCACGACCUGACGUGGUAUUUGGACUGGUAUACAGGAAAUGAAGAAUGGAAGCAGAAGGGGAUGAAGCUUGAGAAGGAGGAGAAUGAUAAGUCCAAGAGGUUGAGUGAAAGAGCACCAUAUUGA